CUUGAAUAUUUAGGUUUUGAAAUUUAAUUAGUGGCGCGUUUUUGUAACCAUCACAAGUAAACAGUCCUAUAUAGUUGUACACGUUAAAGAGAGAAAGAGUUACUGGUAGAGAGAAAAUUAACAAAUAAAACCCCCGGGGUUACCUUUUUCUAGUACAAAAACAACUUAGCUAAGGUUAUGACUAAGGACGAUCAUUAAACAACUCAGCAAAUAAUAAUAACAAAACCGCGUUUUUUCCCCCAUUCCAGUAUUCCACCCCACUCUUUUACUUUUUUGGCCUUGUAUUGUUGUUUUCCCAGCCCACCCUUUUUAAAAAUCCCAUAUAAAUACCAACCCAAAUCUCCCCUUCAAACUUCACACUACUCUUCCCUGUCUCCCCCACUCUUCCUCUAUAGUCUCCAAAUUAAAACCUUCACUUCAAACCUGAAAACUCCAGCAUAUAAAUAUAAAAUUUAUCGAUGGCCUCCACUUUUGUUCUCUGCUUAAUAUUGUUUGAUUCUUUUUUCUACCUUUCAUUAGCAGCCCAGAAUGACGCUUCUUUUUCUGCUGCAUUUCCUUUAACCUCAACUCCUCUGUCUUCAUCAUCAUCAUCAUCAAAACAUGCAUCUUCAAAGACAAGCUUUGUUGCAUCACUUGCUGCUUCAAAAAAUGAUAACAUCAACAACAACAAGGUGGUACAACAACAAUCAUCGUACAACUACAAGUCAUCCUUCAAGUAUUCAAUGGCUCUGAUUGUUUCACUACCAAUAGGGACCCCACCACAGAGUCAGCAGAUGGUUUUGGACACCGGGAGCCAGCUCUCCUGGAUUCAGUGCCACGACAAGAAGAACGGCGCUCCGGUGACUCCACGGCGGCUGUCUCCGCCGCCCACGACGUCGUUUGAUCCUUCCCUCUCCUCCACUUUCUCUGUCCUCCCCUGUACUCAUCCCAUGUGUAAGCCUCGAAUUCCCGAUUUUACCCUCCCGACUUCCUGCGACCAGAGGAAGCUCUGCCACUACUCCUAUUUCUACGCCGACGGCACUCUUGCGGAGGGUAACCUCGUCCGAGAAAAAUUCACUUUCUCCAAUUCCCAGUCUACCCCUCCUCUUGUCCUCGGAUGUGCUACGGAGUCCGCCGAAGACAAGGGUAUUCUGGGAAUGAAUCAGGGCCGUUUGUCCUUCGCCUCACAAUCUAAGCUUCAGAAGUUUUCUUACUGCGUGCCAGCUCGACAGGGCAACGCCGCGGCUUCCGGAGGGUUUUACCUGGGUCAAAAUCCCAGUUCAAACACAUUCCAAUACAUUCCGCUUUUGACUUUUCCCGAGAGUCAACGCAUGCCCAAUUUUGACCCGCUGGCCUACACCAUCGGGCUGGUGGGCAUCCGAAUCGGAGCCAAGAAAUUGGCGAUCCCGGAAUCCGUGUUCAAGCCGGACGCCGGCGGGUCGGGGCAGACGAUGAUCGAUUCCGGCACCCAGUACACUUUCCUAGUGGAGGAAGCGUACAAUAAGGUGAGGGAAGAAGUUGUACGUCUUGCAGGACCAAAGCUGAAAAAGGACUACGUUUAUGGUGGGGCCUUGGACAUGUGUUUCGACGGAAAUCCGACGGCAAUCGGAGAGUUGAUCGGAGAAAUGGGGCUCCAAUUCGAAAAGGGUGUGGAGAUUGUGAUCCCGAAGGAGAGAAUAUUGGAUGAUGUUGGUGGAGGUGUACAUUGUUUGGGUAUGGGGCGGUCAGAGUCACUAGGAGUUGCGAGUAAUAUUGUUGGGAAUUUCCAUCAGCAAAAUAUGUGGGUGGAAUUUGAUUUGGCUAAUAAAAGAGUGGGCUUUGGUAAAGCCGAUUGUAGUAAGUCUGUGUAAUAGUAAAAUUAGGGGAGUAAAUAGUUUUUGUGAGAGACGUUUUUAGCUAGGUGUGGGGGUAAAAAAAGUGAAGUACAUAUCUUUCGUGAUGAUCAAAAUGGUUUGAUUUUAUUAAUUAGGAGUUCUUUUUUUUUUUGUGUUUAAAGAACAACUUCUAUAAAUGUGUAGCAUUUUGCUAUUGUUCUAAGACAAUUUUAUUUAUUUUUUCCCAUUUUUCUUAACGAAUUCUUUUUCUAAAUAUGGUUUUUUUUUUUUUU